CGCGCGUUGGGUCUCCCUCGAGGCAGUCGGUCUCCGGGUGCGCGGCGCGUAGUCUUUUCUCCUCCAGGUUGAUUGUUUCGAUUUUAUCUUAAGCUGUUUUACUGUUUCGUUUUUUGUUUUUUUUUUUUGUUUUUUUUUUGUUAUCGGCUCACUCUCUCUGGUGUGUGAUAACGGCGAUUGCGCUGGACUGACGACUUCGGACGCGCCGCGUGUGACUGCAGUGCUUGUUGCGAGGUGGCGAGCUGCGGAUUUGCUGAAUGGGUGUACAUGAUGCGAAGGAAGUGAGGAUAAUUUUUUGUUGUGCCUGAUACUCUGUUUGCGCAGCCGAGGAGCGUUGAACUUUUCAGGCGGGAAAACAUGCUGGCCGCUAGACACAGGGCUCGCCUCGCAAUGGCAGAAACUAAUCCGGACAGCCAAGAGGCAAAAUUGAAGAGUGUGCGUAAGCGUUUGAAUUUUGGCGAUACGAAUGACGACAAUUUACCGACAAAGGAGGAACUGGAGCGUAAAUUCGAGGAGGAGAGGAGGAAAGAGUUAGAAGAGAAAAAAGCCAAGUGGAACUUUGACUUCAAAGAAGGCCAUCCCAUCGAGGGUAGAUGGGAAUGGAUGAAAGUUGAGCAGCCAAACGGGAAUAAAAUUCCCAGGAGUACGGGUAUCGAUGGGGAAAAAGCCGAAAUCGAUGUGGAAAAUCCUGCACAGUCAACUUAAAACAGGGAAAAAUGACGAAAUGACGGGUCGUGAUUUUUUGAAUUUUUUUUUUUUUUCAUCGAAACGAAGGAAGCGUAAGAGGAGAUUUUUAUUUUGAGAUUAAUUUUUUUUUGUACGCGAUAUAUUUUGUUGAAGGAGAGUAGGUGGAUUUUAUAUACGCUUAUUUAUGGACUGCAAAUGAAUUGAAUGGAUUUUAGUAUAGUCGACUAAGCGAAUUUGAUAAAUUGGAAAAGUCAUAACUUUUCGAGAAAACGUUUUUAUCAAACGUGACGAGAUUUUUUUGCGCGCAACAGAAUCAAAGAACUGGUUGGCAACGAACUCUAGUCAAUUUACGAAGGCAAAACUGUCAUUGAAAACUAUCAAAAAAAUAUAUAGAUUAAAGUAAAAAAAAAAAAAGAAAUAAAACUAUUUAUUGGUUGACGAAAGAUAAGAAUAAUGAUAUUGUAAAAUGUGAUAAUUUGUAAAUGUAACUUUCUUUAAAAUUCACAAGCGAAUGUGCAUGACUAAUGUAUGAUGCAAUAUUAAAAAAUACUAACCAUUUAAAUUUUAAGAGUGUUACUGUAAAUAAACCGAUAAAUUAUAUCAAAUAUUUUGUCAAAAGCU